AAUAGGUCUGCAGCAGGUAGAUUACUUAACACUUGAAACAUUAUUUUUAUUAAAUUAUCAUAUUUUUCUAAUCAGUUUUCUAAUAUCAUACUGCUUAUUGUUUUUUUUAAUUUGAUAGAAAAAAGAAGGGGAAAGUCGUUCUUUGAAGUUCCGACACAAAAACGAAACACAUGAAUUGACAUGUGAUACAUCUCAGACUGUGCUUGAUGCACUAAAUACUAACCCGGCUUUUACUGCCAUUAGAAAGAGGAACCAGGAGAAAGAAAUUGUAAUUAGAAAAAACGAUGGAGAAGGUGCAGCUGUGAAUACAGAUUACCCCUGCAUGCUUUUAAAAUCUGAUGAAAUCUUGGAAAUAACGUUCAUAAUAAAAGUAGAAAAUCCUGAGGAACAGCCAAACACAAGUUAUUCAUGCCCUAGUGAAGACUUAGUCAGCUUUAAUGUUAAAACUAAAGGAGGGCAGAAUGUCAGGCAUAUAAUGAGAAACAGUGAGCUUGCAACGUCAGGAGUUGAUUUUGUUUGUGUUUAUGCGUUUAAGGGAGAGACAUUUGAAGAAGCUCUUAAGCGUGAUAAACGAUUCAAAGACAUAAUCUGGAAAAACUAUGAGCUAAUCGACUGUGAUAGUGACACAAUUCAUCAGAUGUCAGAACAUGUAGAUGAGCAUAACAACAAGAAUUUUGUGGUGAAUGAUAAGAAAAACAAACAUUGGCAGGAUAGCAACGAUAAUUCAUCCAAAGACAAGACUACAGCAAAUGUACCCUCUGCUGCUCAAAAAGAAAUUCAAGUGGACCCCAGCCAGCAUCCUGCCAACACCGCACAUGAAAAUACAGAACAAAGUACAAGUCAAUCUGGAUUUGGAUUCAAAUGGCAACCUAUACAAGGAUCUGAAGAUAUUCUAAAACUUCUGCGUGAUCAGUUUAAGGUUUUACUAAAGCAGCUAAAGGAGCGAGAGAAACUUAAAAACCCUGCGCAGGUCAGAAAGUUCUACAGAGAAGAAUUUGAUAAAAGCUGUCAGAGCUUCUUAGAAGUAAAGAAAGUGAAAGAGCUUAUGAAACUCUCUGACUCUGUGUGUGAGAUUCGAGCUGGGAACUCUUCCAAAGGAACUGGAUUCUUGUUUUUCAACAGAUUCAUUCUUACUAAUGAACAUGUGAUUCGAAAAUGUGACCAUGCAAAGGUUAAUCCUACAGAAUUGACAGCUGUAUUUGGAUACGAAGAGAAGAAUGACAAUGAGGACAAUAAAGACAAUGAGGAAAAGGAAGAAAAUGAGGACAAUGAAGACAAUUCGGUUAAGAAGACAAUCAAAUCUAUACCAAUCAUAGACUACACAUUCUCCUUUAAUGGCAAAGAUGCAAAGGGUAAUUAUCUUGACUAUGCUCUUCUCGAACUCGAAUCAGUUGAUACAAUUGCUGGGUAUCCUGAAUUGUUCAAACAUUGCAAAAAACAACAAACAACACCUAAUCACAGAAGCAAGAUCUGCAUUAUAGGUCAUCCAGAUGGUGGGUGUACUGACUAUGUCCUAACAAAGUCUAGUACUGGUUGCAAAUAG